CCGAAAUGGACCUCCUCUGCAAGACUUUUCUCAGUUUCCCAAUGCCGGUUACAUCAACUGAUAGUGACAGAACAACAGAAAGAAGGAUUUUAAAUCGCUGUACAUCAGAAGGUACUAAAAGUUGCAGCUCCGAAGAGAGAAGUGCCUCGUUCAGUGAUAGUCUGGGCCACCAUGGAGUUGACUUAACCAGUUCCUUCUCCUUUUCACCAAACACAGUUUUUAAUGCAGCAGAACCAUGGGAACAUGGCGUGGAGUACGAGUGGCUUUCGUCCUGGGCUCUUUGUUCAUGGUUAUGCUCAUCAUUGCCUACUGGGACGAUGUCAGCGGACUGAACCUCUACCCAUUUCAGGAUCUGAAACACAAAUCGCUUCCCUCUGGUUGGAGGGCCCAGAGUACCACAGUUUCUCCACCAUCUUCGUCCACCGUUCAGGUACAGGCCAGUGCCUCCUUCACUGGCCACAGCACAACCGAGUUCAUCCCAGAGCAAACACCUGAGAAACUUGCAGGCGAGGAGCAAAUAAAGAAGGGAGGAGAAGAGAGGUGGACUGCUGAGGUGAGGGAACAGGAGGCGAGGAAGCAGAGGAUUAUAGACGUAUGUUCACGGAAGGAGGGGCUGGAAUUUCCUGGAAGGACUCGGGCAUUUGAACAGAUCCCCUUCAGGGAGCUGGAUCAUCUGAUAGUGGAUGAUACACACCAGAUUAUCUACUGCUAUGUUCCCAAGGUGGCCUGCACCAACUGGAAGAGAAUCAUGGUGGUCUUGUCUCAGUCUCUGAUCUCACCCAUCACAGGCAAACCGUACACUGACCCACAGUCUGUGCCUGCUGACCUUGUGCACAACUCCUCUCUACACUUCACCUUUGCUAAGUUUUGGCGUCAUUAUGGUUCACUUUCCCGCCACCUGAUGGCCCUCAAGCUUCAGCACUACACCAAGUUUCUGUUUGUGCGAGACCCCUUUGUGCGCCUUAUCUCUGCGUUCAGGAACAAGUUUGACAGGCCCAAUGAGGACUUCUACAGGCAGUUUGGUUCAGUCAUGCUGCGUCGGUACGGUAAUGUAACUGGGAGUUUGGCAGACACGGCCGCAGAGGCCUUUGCAGCGGGAAUCAAACCAACGUUUCAUCAGUUCAUCACGUACCUGCUGGAUCCAGAAACGGAGAGAGAAAGCAUCUUUAAUGAGCACUGGCGGCAGGUGUAUCGUUUGUGUCAUCCUUGUCAGGUGAAGUAUGACUUCAUUGGACGGUUAGAAGAUCUGGAAACAGACUCCGAGCAACUGCUGAAGCUGCUGAAAGUGGAUCACUUGUUGCAGUUCCCUUCAGGUCCUCAAAACCGCACAGCAGCCAGCUGGGAGAGGGACUGGUUUGCAGAGAUCCCCAUUACAGAGAGGAGAGAGUUGUAUAGACUAUAUGAACCGGACUUUGAGCUAUUUAGCUACCCCAUACCAGACAGUGUGCUCCACCAGUUACAGACUACAUCAAGCCAAACGCCUUGAGUCCUGCACUGUGUGGAGGGCCCACAUGUUGCCUACCUGUACACUGCCAUGUUCUGCCUUUUUGCACCAGUUUGUGAGCUUACCUCAAAUGACAGAUGUGCCUGCCGUGAUAUUUUAUUUCACUUUCAUAAAAAUAAUAUCAGAAAAGUGUUCCCUUACAGUUGAUUUCAAUCCAUGUUUGCCCAUGGAGAGGCUCUUUAUUUUGUGAAUAGUACUGUAUUUUGGUAAAUCGUGCAUAAAAGAUGGAAGCAUCUGGAAAUCAGGUGGUAUCGUUAAAAGGAAAUAUGCUACAAGAAAAUCAAAUCUUUUUUGUCCAUACAAGUUCUUGUAUUGUGUGACAAAGUAAAAUCAAACCUUGUUUUUCUUUAUUUAAGACAGUAUAGAAAUGGUAUUUUGAUGUAUUAAAUUAGUACUUUGAGUGCAACCUUC